AUAAUCUCUCUUAAGAAGUUAGCACUAGUUUCAUUUCACCCUUAAGCCUUAGUCAACAAUCUGAGAUAUAUAAACAGAGUCCACCCCAUCAUCACACAACACACAACAACAUCUCAAAUUCAAAGAGCAUCAAAUUCCAAUUAACCUUUUUUUCCUAGCUUCUACUGAUCAAUUAUUUCUCACAAUCAUGGAGAAACAGCACAAGCGGAAUGGCAGCAAGAUCCUGAAAGCGGUUAUAGCAGUGAGCAUGACAUUUCAUAACACUCCUUUUAGUCCAGGAAGGGAUCAUCACAAAUCAAGAACAGAUCAGAACAACGCAACCACCAAGUGGGUUAAGCCUCAUCAUCACGGUGGCAACAAGGGAUUUUCUGGUCCCAUGAUUCCUAGAACAAAUCUCAAAGAUGGAGGCUUUGAGAAUUACAACCGAGAACCCACUUCACCAAAAAUCUCAUGCAUGGGGCAGAUCAAGCACAAGAAGAAUCAGAUAAAAAAAUCCAAGUCCAAAAAAUCCGUGUCACUUCAAAAUGAGACUAGAAAAUUUGCAUCUACCACCAACAAAACAACCACAACAUCAACAUCGAAUUCAACAGACGUCAUAGAGGUAAAGAAGAAGAACGUUGCGUCUAAGUUUCAAAGGAUGUUAUUCCAUGCGGCGAAGCAGCCGAAAUCUGCCGGGAGAAAAUCUGAUGCUUCUUCUGCGGAGAGAGAAGCACCGCAUAUGAGUCAGAUGAAGAGGUUUUCGAGUGGACGUGAUGCGUUUUCUAGUUUUGAUUGGAAGGCGGAGAUGGCGGCAGAAGAAAUACAUAUAGAUGAUUAUUACUCUGAUGAAGACAGAGUGGUGGAGAGUGAUGGUGAUGAGGAAGAGGAGAGGAUCAUAAUCCCUUUCUCUGCUCCUAUGUUGAUUGGUGGUGGUGCUGGUGGUGGUUGUGUUGCUCAUGGUGAUGUGCUUAAUUUGAAGCCGCGGAAGGAAAUUAAUUUGUGGAAGAGAAGAACCAUGGCUCCACCUAGGCCUCUUCAAUUGGACCCAUGAUUGGUGCAAAUUGAUCAAUUUUUUGCUCAUCAAGUUGAAUAUUUGUUUCUUCUUCUUUUGUGUUUGAUUUGUUGAACAUUUCCUUGUACAACUACCGACAGAUUUAGGCACAAACAAAUGUAUAAUUCUCAGCAUUGCGUUACUAGGUAGUCUUUAUUUGUGUAAAUAACAGGCAUUUAAGUUAUAAUUAAUCAAUAUCCAGUUCAGGCAA